AGCACUGCCACUAUCUACUACUACCUAUCUACCCCCCUUCCAAAGACUAAUAGAUUUCCCGAAAAUUAGACUUCCGUAUACAAUCACCCCCCCAAAAACAGCCCAAACCACAAUGCCCCAAGCCACAACAACCCCAGAACCAAGAGUAGGCAUUGGUGCCUUCAUCCUCAACAAGAAGGGCGAAGUCCUCCUAGGCAAGAGAAAAGGCAGUCACGGUGCAGGCACCUGGGCUCUAGCGGGAGGUCAUCUCGAGUUCGGCGAGACCUUCGAGAACUGUGCCGAGCGGGAGGUCUUGGAAGAGACGGGUCUGACUAUCGGGAACGUUCAGUUUCUAACGGCCACUAAUAAUGUCAUGCUGGAUGAGAAUAAACAUUACGUGACGGUCUUUGUGAGCGGGGAUAUUUGUGGUGAUGUUGUGGAGCCGAAGCUGAUGGAGCCGGAGAAAUGUGAGGCGUGGGAGUGGGUGGCUUGGGACGAGAUUGUCGCGCUGGCUCAAGAUGCUAUGGCUGGGAAGGAGAGUGGUGAGAAGAAGAAGAAGUUGUUUUCACCACUGGUGAAUCUGGUAGAGCAGCGGCCUGGAUUUCGUCCAGUCUUGAACUAGCUGCUGCUUUUAUUUGUAUAUCGAUACUUGAUGAGUAGUAUGAGAUCCAUGUUUCAAGAAACUCGAGGGUUCCGCAUAUAUUCUUUGAGAGUAUUUUUUUACAAAAGCGGUUGGCUCUUUC